AUGAUCAGGAGAAGUGUUUCCCAACUGGCAGGACCGCCAAGGAUCUUCACAACAAGCAGGAGCUGUCUGCGAACGAACGCCUGGCCGCUUUUGCAGCUUCAAAGCUCUUCACAGCAGGCACGUUAUGCUUCGUCGAAGACCACACCGACCUCGCGCGUCUUUAAUUUCUUCUACGGCACCACUUUGAUUGUUGGCCUUGGCAUAGUCUACAUCUAUGCUACGGAUACUCGGGCCAGCAUCCACAAAUGGGUUGUAAUCCCAGCGCUCCGGACCAUAUAUCCUGAUGCCGAGGACGCGCACCAUAUUGGCAACCAGACACUCAAGGCUCUCUGGGAGUUCGGCCUACACCCAAGGGAAAGGGGAGAUCCAGACGCCUCGCACGAUCUUGCCGUGGAAGUGUUCGGUCAGACAAUCCGGAACCCGGUAGCUACAUCGGCUGGCAUCGACAAAGGCGCAGAGAUCCCCGAUGCUCUUUUUGCUUUCGGCGCCGGUAUCGUGGAAGUAGGUGGCGCAACGCCCAAAGCCCAGCCUGGAAAUGAGAAGCCAGAGUCUUUCGCCUGA